AUGUCUUUUCUUCGAAGAAAGAGAGACGCUCAAAGUGGUGCUGAGAGUGGCAUGGAGGAGGAGAUAGUAGACGGACCAGACACUCGAGGGGAAGACGAACCAGACACUCGAGGGAAAGAGAUCGAGUCGCAAAAGACUCUGCUGAGGACGAAAGGACAAGACGACAGGACAGGCACGCUGUUGAUAGGUGAGAAAGUACACAUCAGUCUUGUGUCACUCUUGCAAGGCGCGGAGUCCAUGCCCCGGUGGCUCGCCAGAAAUCCAUGGGACACUCACCCAACGCUCCGGCCCGCAGUUCAAGAUGGGGAUUUUGCAAACGGUGCGAAGCCAACGAUGAAGGACGAAAAGGACGCAGUUGGGAGGGGGAAACAGGUGAGGCGAAGGGAAGAAGAGGGGGAUGAAGAAGAAGAAGAAGAAGAAGAAGAAGAAGAAGAAGAAGGGUGCGGAGGUGGGACGCGGUGGUCCAACAAGCUCACUUUGGAAUAA